AUGGGGCAUUUGAUGAGCUCUAAAUGGUACACGGAAGAACAGCUGGCUGGAGGGAACCACAUAAAAAUGGUUGUCGCUGAUGAGAUGUGGAAGGACGAACUGGCGGCAGUACGGGUUGCUUUCAAGUCAGCUCAGAUUUCUUCAUGUUCACUAGUUCUUACCUAUAAUUCACAUAUGGGUGUUGAACAACGCAUGGAAUUUGUUAUGGACCGUUCCCGUGGUUUUCUUAUCGAUCGAUUAGCGUUUGACCAUCCGUACACGUUACGCUUAUGGCGUAUCGGUGCUGUCAGCACCGCCUAUUCUUCGCAUGAAUUUCGUACUCCACAGUGCUUAAAACUGGUACAUGAUCCAGCCCUAUGUGGUGAAUUCCGCGCUCCGAAUUCCGGUCAUUAA